GCAGUGUAGCGAACACGUGACAGAGACAACCAUGAGAGUGAUGGUAGGCGUGAAGCGUGUGGUCGAUUACGCGGUCAAAGUCCGGAUCCAACCCGACAAAGCAGGGGUUGAGCUGAAGAAUGUGAAGAUGUCCAUGAACCCGUUCUGCGAAAACGCGAUGGAGGAAGCCGUCAAGUUGAAGGAGACGAAGGCAGCAAGCGAAGUCAUCGCCGUGUCCAUCGGGCCCAAGGCAGCCAAGGACACUCUGAGAACAGCCCUCGCCAUGGGUGCGGACCGAGGGGUUCACGUCAUGACGGACGACGCCGUCAGAACCGACCAGGGCUUGGAGCCGUUGGCGGUUGCGGGCUUGCUCAAGAAGGUGGUAGAAGAGCAGAAGGUGGACCUGGUGCUUCUUGGAAAGCAGUCCAUCGAUGGUGACUGCUCGCAGACCGGACCGAUGUUGGCGGGGAUGCUUGGUUGGCCCCAGGCGACCUUCGCCGCUAAGGUUACUGUGGUGGAAGCGGGAAAGCAGCUGGAAGUGGAGAGAGAAACGGACACGGGCACACAGGUGCUGUCGGUCCCUCUUCCCGCCGUCGUUACCGCAGACCUCCGCCUCAACGAGCCUCGGUACGCGACCCUCCCCAACAUCAUGAAGGCAAAGAAGAAGACCGUAGAUGUGCUGACCGCGGCGGACAUGGGCGUGGAUCUCAAGCCACGAACCACCGUCAUCGAGGUGGUACCACCCCCUGUUCGCCAAGGUGGCGUGAUUGUAGAGAGCGUCGAUGAGCUCAUCGACAAGCUCAAGACCGAGGCGGGAGUGCUCCAGUAAUCCAACAAUAUAGUACUACCAGCCACGCCACGCACGCCUAGGUGGAACCUUACUUGGUUGCACGGAACAACAAUAAUGUAUUUCGUUAAUUGAUUGGUUUUAGUUCCAUUGUGUUUGGCGAACCCGAAUUUUUGAUACUGUAGCGUGGCCAACUGGGGACGUCCUUUUCGCGGUACGGCAGUACGUUACCAUGGGAAUACCGCGUACAUACGCUGCACGACUUGCUGUGUUGCUUCUUCAGUAGUACUCGCAUUCCCAGCACCCUCCUCCAAGCAGCAGCAGCAUUGUCCUACCGUACGAUGGAUGGAUGGAUGCCUUGCGUGUUCCUGUUAACCGCGGUACUUUAUCAGACAACAAUCAAUCCCGAGUGACGGAUGAAAAAAUCCUUGGUCCGACGAUAAGAGUCUAGGAAUUACGAUGGAGAGUGAUGGGUAGGGGUGGGGUUGGCCGGGGUGCGAAGGGGGGGAGCAAGGAGGCAUUCGGCACACCGCGAGCCCACCGUCUUUAGUUUUGGGCAGGACCUAGAACAAGUCGGUCAUAUUUGGUAACAACUUCAAGUUGGGAAGGCAAUUUCCUGUAGUUUUGAAACCGUGGUGGUUCAUGUUCGGAAUGGAAUGGUUCCGUAUGGUUUCGGGGCAACUAGCGGCAUGCAUGUGGUCUUGGACCGCCCGUUUUGACUGCACCGGUCAUUUGACUUGCGCUUCACAGCA